AGAUCCCCGGCUACGUGUGGACAGGGCCUUAGGCGUGUGCGGUUAAUCAGUUGUAAACCUCCAGUGUUUACUUUCUGAGCCUUUCACUAAAUAUGUUAAUUACUUCAUGAAAGCUACAAACAAAUGGGUCAUCUGGCAGAUCAUUGCACCUGUUAUUACAUUCCUUUCCACAAAAAAAAGAAGAGUUUUCCAUUUUUAAUGUACUAUGAUCAGGUUUUCCUGAUGUGAGUUAAUUGCUGUGUGGAGUUCAGGUGCGUCCAGAGCCAGGUGAGCAGGCCCAACCUGGCCUUGAGUGUCAGCAGUGAUGGAAUUAGACUAAAGGGUUUACAGUAGAGGCCAGGGAUGUGUAUUGUUGAAAUUCUGGCGAUACAAUACAUAUCACGAUACAGGGGAGACGAUACGAUAUAUUGCGAUACAUUCAGUCAGACGUUACAAGCUAUUUUUUUUACUGAAUUUAUUGUAAGAAUGUUCAAUAAACAGUCCAAACUGAUACGUAACAUGUUUAACAUGAGGUAUCUGAACCAUGAUGGAGGGAUUUACAUUUCAGCGGUGGAAACAAAACCCGUUGCACACUGCUGCCAACUAGCGGGUGGUGAUUGAAUUGCACAAAACGAAAAGAAAAUACACAAAUGUUUGCAUGUAAAUUCUUUCAAGAAUUAGACACAGGGCUUUUGAAUAUCGAUGUAAUAAUCGCAGGAAAAAAUAUCACGAUAUAUUGCCAUAUCGAUAUUUUCUUACAUCCCUAGUAGAGGCAAAGUGGACCUUUUUAAUCUCGUACGAAAAUCACAUUAAUUCCAUUCUUACACACGCUCAGUAGUUCACGUGUGAAUAUCUGAGACCGACUGGAUAAUUGUUGGAGAUUGAGGGGGGAGGAAGAGGACCGAAAUUGAAAUUUUUGGGGGGGAAAAAAGGAGAUGGAGAGAUUGUGUAUUGAUGAGGUAGAAUAGAGAGAGAAGGGGAUGUAGGGUGUGAGAAGGACAGGUGAGGAUAAAGAGAGAUAUUUGCAUCUAUUCAGGUCCACCAGUACUGGUCUUGGGAGCUGAUACCAGUUUACAUCUCAAGGAUCUUCAGUAAGACAGUUUUUACAAAUCUGGAUACAAAAACGUCCACAUAGAAGAUGUUAAUGUUAGUGAAAACGGUCCCUAAGCAGUGGUGAGUUCAUCGUGUACGCAGACGAAAACAAGUCCGAUUUUUGGCUAAUCAGAUUAAAUCGACCACACUGAAGUUUAUUCAUAAUAAUCAUUAUUUGUUCAGGUUUGAAUAAGUUUUACUCCUUUGGUCGAGAAUCAGUCCCAAGGAGGUCGCAUGAGGACGAUUUGACUCCAAUGGUCCAAAACGGGGAAACCCUGUCAGAUGGGGCUAAGAGCUCGUCACGAGAGGACGAUUGUUGGACCCACACGUCCGUGUCCCACUGUGACAACUGGGACAUGUCCACCACCUGGGAUUUGCAGCUGGACAGUUCAGACAGAGGACACCUCACUGCAGGUUUUCUGGACUCUGAGCCGCUGAAGGAGGCCGAUGAAGAUUUGGUGUCCGAUGUCAAUCUGAACAACUCUGUCAUGACGGAGGAGGAGAGGGAGGAAAUUCAGCAAGACCUGCUUAAGCUGGAGGAGGAGAUCAGCACGCUAAAGCAGGUUUUGGCGUCCAAAGAGAGGCAGCACGCGGAGCUGAAACAGAAACUGGGCAUCUCCGCGUUCAGCGAGUUCAGGAACAACUUCAACAGAGGCUGGCAGGACAUGCAGAGCUCCACGGCAUACAAGAAGACGUCCGAGACGCUGUCCACAGCUGGACAGAGAACAUCAGCUGUCUUCAACAACCUCGGCUCCGCCAUCACCAGGAAGUUUGGAGACAUGAGCGUGGCUGGUCUAGAGUUACUGUUCCCGCGCAGAUCCAACUCAAUCGGCUACUCUGUCAGACACUCUAUGAGCAUGCCUGCGAUGAGAAACUCUUCCAGCUUCAAGUCUUUUGAGGAGAAAGUUGAAAGCACAGUUUCCACGAUCAAGACUAAAGUUGGUGGUCCGGGGCCUGGAGGAAGCUUCGAAGACGUCCUCUCGUCUGCAGCGAACGCCAGCUCUCAGGACACGCCCACCAACAACCUGACGAACCGCCCAGAGGGGCCGUGUUAGAGGCGCACCCCUGGGCAGGACUGUCAAUUUCAAUCCCACGGCAGCCUGUUGUGUGAUCUCCACAUUCUGACUGAACUGGUGCAUGAUACUUUUAUUUGAUAACCUUUGUUAAAAGUCCCCCCACCCCACCCCCACCCCACACACACUUUCAGGUAUUUCCCUUCAGUUUCUGCUUUUAUUUUGAAAGCUCCAGACAGCUUAAGCAACACUAAACAGCCGAUGAGCCGUUAAUCUGGGGUUUUGGUGGAAUCCAGUAAAGAUGAAUAUUAUCUGAGCUUCUUCUCCAUUACGCCACAAACACUGAAGUCGAGCAGCUUGAAACUAAAACCGUCUGAAAGUCCAAUCUCAGGUUUGUGUGGCGUCUGGGAGGAAACAUGACAGCUGGGAUUCCUUAGAACUGAGCAGAAAAAGACCCGUGUGGAGUAAAGAGUGCAUUUAUAACAUUAAUUUUGACCUAUUUCCGUUAAUCCCCCACAUUGAUUUAUAAAAGGUUCCUGGUGCGGAGUCUAAGCUGCACUACACAACUUAUAAAUGUCGACAUGAAUCACGUUUUUGAUUUAUCACUAAUUGUGUUUUGAAACUGGAAGAAAUCAACUUUUCUAAAUAGAUCCUGAAGUUUUUCUUGUAUAAUUAUAACACCUGUGUGACUUAGCCAUCUAACCACUUCCUGUUGAAUGUAAUCUGUGUUUUAUGGCCUUGUGUCUCACUUUAGACUUCCUUCCAGAGCAGAUUUCCAUUGUAUUUAUUAAACACCUUUUCAGUGCUGAUGAAGGAACAGUUCAUCAAGUCUUAAAUACAGCAAAAAAAAAAAAACUGAAGUCACGUGUUCCGUUUUUGGAAAAUACAAAUUUUAUCUCAUUUACAGAAGAAUAUUAAAGUCUUUUUUUUUUAUUCUUCUACAAAGUUUGCUUUUCUGCCACUUUCAUAAACAUUAAAACCGACGCAUAAAUAACUGUUCAAGCACAAACAUCGACUGUGUGAGCCUGCUGGAAAUCUGAGAAAAUAUGCAAUGAAAUUUUACACAAGAAAACUUAAAACUUCUGUAACUAAAAAGGUUUGUUUUGUUCUGCAGUUUGAUGGGAAAUUCACUCGUCUUAGAAGGAAAUAAAUGCAACGUUUUACAGUUUCCCCUUUUGUUAUAAUGAACUCUGAUGUGGAACCUACCAGGUAAUAAAUGUAAAUCACAAACACAAAUGCAUCUGAAAUGUGCAAUAAAGCUUGAUGUAGAAAAACCGGA